CGUACACCGUCCACCUCGUGUCAAGUUGCCUCCAUUCUCUUCUGCAAUUUACUGAUUUGCUCCCCGUACCCGCCGUGUAUUCUCUUUCGAAUUUUAUUUACCUAGUUCUAUUUUAAGUCUCGACUAUACUGUUUUACAUUCGUGUCUAAUUACUUACCAGCGAUUUCAAGAUGUUUUGGGCUUUGGUCUUAGAAUCUGGCAAGCAGUACUCCACUACGGUUGAGAAAUCAUUUCAUCUGUCAAAAGCAGCCUUAGAUGUAACAUCAGUUAGGUCCGACAAUGACAUUUUAACAGUUGUAUUUCAUUCAGAUGGCAACGAACACAUUUUGUGUAAUCUAUCUAAGGCGCAUGCUCUGCAGGAAACGCUGGAUCUCAACUUUAUGGCUGGAUCAAAAGUUGUCUUUGAAUGCAAAGGAAAAGGAGUCGUUCACUUAACUGGUUAUAUUGUUCCUGAAGAUGAGUUUUCUGGUAUGUUAGGUGAAGAUGAAGAAGACUUAGAGGACGAAUCUGAAAGUGAAACUGAAGUGAAACCUGUUGAAGACGUAUCAAAAAAAUCGCUAAAAAAGCCGCAGCAAGCUGUCGUCUCUCCUGUCAAGAGGAAGCAAGAAAAACAGCUGGCUCCUGAUGCCAAGAAAUUAAAACAAGAUUCAGACUCAGAUUCUGAUGAUGAUGAUGACGACGACGACGAUGAUGAUGAAGAUGACGAUGAUGACAGUAUUCCAAAUGGACUGAUGCAAGGCUCAGAUGAUAGCGAUGACAGCGAGGAAGAUGAAGAUGACGACGAUCUGGAUGAGGAGGAUGAUGAUGAGGAAGACGAUGACGACAGUGAUGCUGAUAUGUUAGAUCUAGAGGCAGAGGAAGUAGAAGAUGAAGAGGACUCAGAUGACAGCGAUGAAGAUAGUGAUGAAGAUGAGAUUGAGACACCUGCCAAGAAUAAAAAGGGUCAAAAUCAAAAAACGCCCAUCAAAACUCCGCAAAAAGACUCAGGGCAAAAACAGGCAAAGACGCCUCAGACACAAGGAAAGGGAUCCAAGCAAGAGAACAAGACUCCAAAACAAGAUAACAAGACACCAAAACAGGAUAACAAGACGCCAAAACAAGAGAACAAGACACCCAAUGCCAAAAGUGACAAGAAACAGCCCAAAACUCCUCUCCUAAAUGGUUCAUCAGUGAAACCAAAUGAGAAGAAUACUCCUGCAAAAACACCUAAAACACCUGCCAAAACCUUGGAAGGAGGAGUGUCAGUAGAAGAUAUUAAAGUCGGUGAUGGCCCUGUAGCAAAACCCGGUAAAUUUAUUAAUGUAUACUACACAGGGAGAUUUAAAAACAACAACAAGCAGUUUGAUGCAUCCACACAAGGCCCAGGCUUUAAGUUUAGACUAGGAAGGAAUGAGGUGAUCAAGGGAUGGGAUGUUGGCCUAAAUGGAAUGAAGGUUGGAGGCAAACGUAGGAUAGUCUGCCCACCAGAGAUGGCUUAUGGAAAAAAAGGAUCUCCACCGGUCAUUCCCUCCAACGCAGCCCUCGUGUUUGAUGUAGAACUCCGAUCCGUGAAUUAAUCUCUUUUCUUUUAGACCUUUUUUUCAAAACUUAUCUUUUGGUUUCCAUCAAAGAUGAAUGUCUGUUUGAGACUUGUCGAGCGUUUUUUCAUGUGAUGCAUCACCUUUGACCCCAUUCCCAAUUGUGUUACGUGGAAGCGAAACAGUUAAAAGAAAGAAUUUCCCCCAUUUUUUGUAUCAUACCAUUGCUAAAGUUAAGCGACAGCCAGUAGUGACCCUAAUCAUUGCAUGACUUGUCAAGAAUGCGAGGUAAAAAGGGUAUGUCAAUUUACUGAGCCGUGAAUUUUUUUGAGUGUGCUUAUUAAGCACUCUAAACACAGUACUAUUAGAACUGAUAUUUUUAGAUUCCCUGACAGUCAGGAAUUGGCAAGAAGAGGAGGCCUCUGAAUUGAGUGAUGCCGCUCCUUCUCAUUUCCUGUUACAAUGUAAUAAAUGGACUACAUUUUGCUGUUCAGAACAACAUUUCUGGCUCAUUUGAGAAACCAUGUAUGUACCACUAGUGUCCACGUGUACUCGGGUGUUUUUACCAGGGCUGCCGAUUCGUGGGCAAUUACCCAUUUCGUGAGUAUUUUGAACUCCGGUGGGUAAUUGGUGGGAAAUAGGUAAUUCGAGGGUAAUCCAGGCAAUGGUGGGUAAUCUGUGGGUAUUUUCUUAUUUACUAAAAUCCAACGAAAUAACCGUAAGAAAAUUCAAAUUUGGCAGCAAAAGGUGGGUGAACAGUGGGUAAUCGGUGGGAAAUGGGUAAUUCGAGGGUAAUCCAGGCAACCGUGGGUAAUCUGUGGGUAUUUUCUUAUUUACUAAAAUCCAACGAAAUAACCGUAAGAAAAUUCAAAUUUGGCAGCAAACGGUGGGUGAACAGUGGGUAAUUGGUGGGAAAUGGGUAAUUCGAGGGUAAUCCAGGCAACCAUGGGUAAUCUGUGGGUAAUCCAGGCAAUGGUGGGUAAUCUGUGGGUAUUUUCUUAUUUACUAAAAUCCAACAAAAUAAUCGUAAGAAAAUUCAAAUUUGGCAGCAAACGGUGGGUGAACAGUAGGUAAUCGGUGGGUAAAGUUGGUUGUUGGUGGGUAAACGUGGGUAAAGUUGUAGCUGGUGGGUAAAAGUGGGUAAAGCUGGAGUUGGUGGGUAAAGUGUGAGUAUAAUUGGAACCGGUGGGUAAUCGGUGAGGAAAAAACAAUCCGGUGGUUAAUCAAGGUCUCAAAAAUGGGUAAUCGGAUCGGCAGCCCUGGUUUUUUACGGGUGAGCCAGAAAUUGCUGUUUCUGAUUGCAAAAUGAAGUCCUAAUAAUUAAUAGUCAUCAUAGGGCACAACUAAUCCCUCUUCUACCGACCCCUGGAAUUUCAAAUGCGAGUUUUAACCGUAUAAAAUAACGAUUUUCCAUCUGUCACGAGUGUAACUUAUCUCUUGGGUCACAAUUUUCCUGGACAAAAAAAAAUUUUAUAAUAAAUAUUUUUCCUUAAAAA